CGCACGCGCCGCUAGUCGCUAAUGGCGCCGAGGGCUGCAGGCUAACAGUAAACACGGAGCUGACGGGAGGAGUAAAGAGGAGAAACGGAGGCUUAUAAUGCAGUCAGAGAAGAAGAUAACGAAAGAAGACACCUGGAGGUCCAGUGAGUUAAGGAAGCACAUACAGGGGCAGGAUGAAGAGCACAGGAGGAGAGAACGAUCGAAGAGGGAAGAAACUCCCAGAAAACAGAGGAGCGGAGAGUCCACAGACCGCCGGCACAGAGACGGAGAGAGAGACGAGAGGAGAGAGAGAGAGAAGCAGAGAGAGAGAGACGGCGCGAGAGAGAGAGCGAAGCACAGAGAGCCAGAGCGGGACAGAGAAGAGGAGCGAAGGAGGGACGAGCGAGAGAGGAGGAAAGAGAGAGAUGGAGAGAGAAGGGGCUCAGAGAGGAGGGCUGAUCGGGAUGAGAAGGAGAACAGAGACCGAGAGAAGGAGAGGCAGAGAGAGAGAUACAAAGACAGGGAUAGAGAGGGACAGGGAGACUUGGGCAGACAUGGAGAGAAAGAGAGAGAGAGACUUAGAGAUAGAGAUAGGGAAGAGAGGGAUAGACUGAAAAACAGGGAAAGAGAGAGGGAGAAAGAGAGGUUCAGGGAGAAAGAGGGAGAGCAGGAGAAACAUAAAGAGAAAGAGAAAGAAAGGGAUAAAGACAGAGAGAGGGAGAGAAGGAGGGCAGAGAGGGAGAGGGAAAGAAGAAAAGAGAAGGAGGGGAGUAGAGAUGGGGAGGAAAAGCACAGGGAGAAGGAUAAAGAGCGAGAGAGGGAGAGGAGAGAGAGGCACAGAGAGAGGGAGGAACGCCACAGAGACGAAGAACAAGAACGGAGAGAACGUGAAAGGCGAGAGAAACACGGCCACAGAGAGAACUCCGGACACGCGGACAGAGAGGAAAGAAGGGAGCGGAGACGAAGAGAGAAAGAACGCCAUGAAGCUGGUGAGAGGGACUUCAGUGACGCCCGAGACACAGAGCGGCGGCAGCGACGCCAAGAGGGUGAAAGAACGAGGGAUAGAGAGGAGAGAGAUAAACGUAGAGAAAAGCGGCACGAGGAGUCGAAGAAGAGCAGCACUGAUCAAAGACAUGGAAAAUCGGAGAGCAAGAACAGGAGCGCUGAGCACGAGGUGGAGAACGAAGGCACUGAGGACGAUAAUGAGGCAGCUGAGGAAUAUGGGAAUGAUGAGUACGAGGAGGAUUUUGAGAGAAUGGACUAUGAGGAAGACUUUGAGGAGAUGGAGGAGAAAGAAGACAAAGGAGGAGAGGAGGCUGAAAAUGAAGAGAGAGAGGAGCAGAGGGAGCUGAGUCCACGGAGGAGAAAAGAGAUCGAGGCCAUCCAGAGAGCAAUGCAGCAAGAGAACGAGCUGGUCAGCUCCGGCCACUUGCGACCCUCUACCAGCAGGGCUGAGCCACCUCAGAAAGUGAGUGCUGACUCAGAGAGACAUUCGAUGAAAGGCCGAACCCACGGCAGGGUUAUUGACUUUGCAGCAGCGAGGCAGAGAGAGGUCAAUCAGCAGGCUGUUGACAGACAGAAGAAACGCAGCGCAGAGCUCUUACGGUUGAUUGAUCUGGAUUUUUCUGUCACUGAGUGUCUCCUGGACUUGCCUCCGGUCAGCGAGUACGACAUGUACAUCAAGAGCUUCGGAAUGGCCAACACAAAACAGGCCUACGUGCAGUGUAAUGAAGACAACACUGACCGAGACACCCAGACAGAGGAGACGGACAGCGUGGACAAAUGGACUCAACAUCCACCAGAGACCAAUGUUGCAUGUGGAGGCCCCAAGGUUUCCCAGGACGCUUCAGACGAGUCUCUGGUCCGGAUGAGUGUCGAUUCAAAGCGCCUCACCACGUUUCUGCGUUCUGCUGCACAGGUGGUGGCUGUGCUGCUGGAGGAGAACAGGGCCGAGAGCAGCUCUGUGAAAAAGCUGCGCUCUCAAACAGACUCGCUGCCUUUCAGCGACGGCUGCCUUCAUCUACACACCAAACUCCCCUUUCUCCAUGGUCGGCAGGUGACGUUGCUGCAUUUCUCUCAGGUGCAGACACACACCUUGCUCUCCAUUCACGCCCCGUGCUCCGGAUCGAGUGGUGUGGUGCUCGAUAGUAAAACGCUGAUCUGCGUGUGGAACAUCUGGGAGCCCUCGGCACCCCAGAGCGUCCUCUCCUACGAGGCUGAGCUGCGGUGCUGCUGUUUCAGUCCUGGUAAGGCCACGCUGGUGUUUGCUGGAACAGCUGUGGGCUCGGUCGUGCUGUGGGAUCUUCGGGAGCAUUCUGGCUCUCACACGUCCCUCAGAGUGGACGGGGAGGAGUGGACGCUGCGCCACCCCACAUUCUCCACCGAUGCUGUGCUGACAGGAGCAGGACAUUUCUCCUCUGUGGUGUCGGUCGAGCCCGUUCUGGCCAACGCGGAGCCGGGGAUCCGGGGUCCACUGCUCGCAGACCAAGAAGAGUCUUUAGGGCUCUCGUUCCAGUUGGGAUCACUGGAUGAAAACGGUCUCUUGAAUCUUUGGGUUGUGAUUGAGUUGUCCAAAGCUGACGACUCUGGAUCCCAGACAGACCUGGGUCUGCGCCCAGGUGGGAAAGUGAAGCUCCUCCAUAGUUCCUCCAUACAGACAUCAGAAAAGGUGACUCCUCGAGAGGUCACUGGGGUCACGCCUCCCUUGAGUCUCUUGCUGAAGUUCCUCCCAUCAGACUCCAACCACUACUUCAUCGGCACCAGCAUGGGUUUGGUGAGGCGAGGCACCAGGCACGGGCUGAGAGCCGUCCCGAAGCUCUACAGGUCUGAGGACGGUGAAAGACCAGCAGAGGUCACUGCUCUGGACUUCUGCCCAACUGGAGAGCCCUUCUUUCUGGUGGGCUGCAGUGACGGGUCGCUCCGGCUACACUCGGUUCUGCGUGAGGACCCGGUGCUGGAGUGGUGCACGAGUUCUGGAGGUAUUCCGGUUUUGUCUGUGCAGUGGUCCAAAACCCGGCCCUCUGUCUUCUGUGUUCUGGACGCUGCUUCUGUCCUGCACGUCUGGGACCUCACAGAGAAAGAUUCCUCUCCAGUCAUCACAGAGAGCUUUACCACUGACCGGGUGACGGCCAUGGCGGUGUUCGGCGAGGCUGCCAGGCAGAACCGUUACUCUGGCGUGGCUCUGGCCAAGCAGUCCGGCAGGCUGGAGAUCCACUUCCUGAAGCAAUCUCUCACAGUUCCUCAGCCCUCAGACAUGGAGAAGCUCCACCUGCUGGCACGGGACAACCUCUGAGAGCCGGAGAAGAGAAUCUACAGGGCGUAUGGUCCUGGAGGCCUGUUCAGCACACCAACACCUGCUCUGAUACCUGCUCUGAUGGACUGGAAUGGCUGGCCCUCGCACCACAUUGUCCAGCAGCAGUGAAAUGAAGCACAGCCUGUGGCUCCAGUGAUACAGACGGGCCAACGUUAGUCUCAUUAAUAUAGUCGUAUGCGAAAGUUUGAACACCCAACGGCAAAAUGACGAUCUAAGUUCACACAUGAUACUUUGUUACCCUGUUCUUCAGUGGUCAGGACCCCCAUGGACCCUCACAGAGCAGGUACAGUUUGGGUGGAGUGUUAG